AUGCGUAAAUACAAGUCCCAACGACAAACCAACAUGUGUAAAUGUCCAAAGACAUGGGCAGCUCUGGGGCACUGUAACGGCACCAGGCAGUCCCCGAUCAACAUCGUCACCCCUGCGGCUGUCCACAAUCCCCACCUGGGGGCUGUGUCCCUCGUUGGCUAUGGGGAUGCCAAGAAGCUUAUCUCCAUGGAAAACACGGGGAAGACAGUGUACGUGCAUUUAGCGGAUGGGCUUCAUCUCUGCGCUCAGGGGCUCCCAGCUAUCUACACAGCCAAAUCCUUCCACCUCCACUGGGGUCAGGGGUCAGACAAGACUGGCUCGGAGCAUUUCAUCAAUGACAAACAGUUCUCCAUGGAGCUCCACAUUGUUCAUACCAAGAACAACCUGAACAAGACUGAUGCACUCAAGGAUCCCGAGGGAAUCGCUGUGCUGGCCUUCUUCCUCCAGGCAACAGCCCACGCACGCCCCUCCCGCUCCUGGGAGUCCUUCACCCGGCACUUGAAGGACGUGGCUCUGAAGGGGAAGGAUACAGAUCUGGACGGCUCCUUCUCCCUGCAGGAGCUCCUGGGCUCGGUGGAUCUAGCCCGCUAUUACCGCUACCCCGGCUCCCUCACCACCCCCAACUGUGACGAAGUCGUGGUCUGGACGGUCUUCCCCGACCCCAUCCUGGUGCCUCUUGACGUGGUGGUUGCGUUCCCCUCCAUCCUCCACUCCACAGACUCAGAUGCUGGGCCCCGGUUGCAGAACAACUACCGGCCUCUGCAGAGCCUUGGGAAUCGCCAAGUGGAGGCCUCGGCAGCCCUCCGAGUCGCCCCCAGCUCCUCUUCCACCCUGCGGCCUGCAGCCUUGAUCCCUCUGCUCAUCAGUACUGCAGCAAUCGCCUGGCACCUAUAGGGGGACAAAGCCAGACACCUGGAGGCUGGACCUAGGCAGGGGGGGUGCUGGGAGCCAGGACGCCUGGGUUCCAUUCCUGGUUCAGCCACAGACUCCCUAUGUGACCGUCAUCAAGCACCAUCCCGCUCUUGGCCUCAGUUUCCCCAUCUAUAAAAUAGGGAUAGGUUUUGCUCCACAGUCCUGGAGACAGCAUUGAUCACAGUCCUCUUUGAGAACUGUGAUCUCUUCAGCUAAUGUAACUCAGGAAGAAUGGGUCGCAAGCCCCCCACCACCAGGAGUUUGGACUGAGUGGGCAGAGGGGGUGUGAUGUUGCACUCCAUAUGCUGUAUAAAAGUAUGCUUAUGAAUGUAAAUAUGAUGUAACUGGAAUAUGCUUUAUGCAAAAGGUCUUU